GAAACAGUCGAAGGCCCACUUGCAAUCCUCUGUACUUCCGGAAGUUCAAAUUCACAUCCUGACUUUGUCCAGACAUACUCAUCAUCUUCCUGCAGUAACAUGGCACGCCCACAGAAGACGGAGGAGGUAGUGGUAGAGGAGUCAGUCGCAGUGACUCUACCAUCGCCAGCAGCAGCACCUAAGAAGCGGCGGCCGACGAAGGUGCUCGCCGCCAAGAAGGUCUCAAAAGCCUGCGAGGAGCCCUACAAGGCAAAUGCGACAAAAUCGCCACUCUUGCGUCUCCCUCCAGAAGUGCGCAACCGUAUCUGGGGCAUCUUACUUGCUGGCAAGACUCUUCAUAUCGAGGCAGUGAAAGUCAAAGGCACCUGGAAGGUUCAUCAUUCAAUCUGCUGCUCCUCGACCAAUGAUGUGGCGGAAGCCCAGCGCAUCAGCACUAUCCACAGGGACGUGGGUUUCCGCGCGUUGGACAGCUACGCCGACCGACACAACAAGUGUAAGCUUCUCUAUCGGUCUAGAAUCAUUCAGAGGGCCUUGCCGCUGCAGAUCCUUGCCUCCUGCCAUCAAAUCCACUGGGAAGCAGCUCUUCUGGCGUACGAAACGAGCACGUUCUCCCUUGACCAUAUCGUAUCCCUUGCGCCGUUCCUGCAAGCGCUGAUACCAGCUCAGGCCUACGCCAUCAAGUCAAUUGUCAUAACCAACGGCUUCCUUUACCACACUCCCACUAAGACGCUCCAAAAGGUGAUCAAAACCAAGCUGCGGGGACUCAAACAAUUCACCUGCUUCGUGCGAUAUUAUGGAGGCGUCGGUGGCCAGGGAAGCAGUGGGCGGCAAGAACGCAUCGCCGAGGAGGAGAGGUACAUGACACAGCUCCAAGUCUGCCCGAUUCAGUCUGCGAACGUGGCCGUCUUUUGUGCGUACCGCGGCUCCCACAAUUUCAAUCACAAGGCCGCGGGGAAGUGGACAUCCGCGAUGUCGAGGCGUGUCGAAAAUGCAAUCACCUCCACCGACACCAUCCAGUCAUAAGGCACAUCGCACCACAGACCAAGCCCGCUGUAAUCAAGACGUAUGUUGGAUUGCAGGCAUGGUGGCAGUAUGGAAACCUUCAUGCGCGAAGCGAACGACAGAUAGCAAGGAA